AUGGGUGCUCGGAGGUUUUUAGCAUCUAAUCAUAAGUGGCGGAGUAAUAAACGUGAUUUCAAUGGAGAAGUUGAAAGAAGACCUGCUCCAAAUAUUCUAUCAGGAGAUGAUGUUGUACGCCAACUGCUUGCUUUGGGAGACAUGAAAUUUGAUAUUGAAGGAAAAACAAAAGAUAAUUUGAAUGCUCGUCGCGAUUUGAAGGAAAUGGGUAUAAGAAGAGAUUUACAUCCAACUUAUAGAGAUGGAAGAUGGUAUUACCCAGCAGCAUGUUAUUCAUUAUCACGAGAUGAGAAGUCUAAAGUAUGCAAGUUCUUGAAAGUGGUUAAGGUUCCAAAUGGCUAUUCUUCCAAUAUAUCACGGUGGGUGAAGUCAGAGGAUCGUAAAAUUAAUGGAUUAAAGAGUCAUGAUUCACAUAUUUUAUUGGAACAACUACUUCCUCUUGCAAUUCGUGGAGUCGUGCCAAGCAAUGUCUAUGAUGCUAUCACCGAGUUAAGUAUUUUUUUCAAAGAAUUGUGUUCGAAAACACUAAGGGUUGAUGUGUUGGAUCAACUUGCAGCUCAAAUUCCAAUAACACUGAGAAAAUUAGAAAAGAUAUUUCUACCAGCAUUUUUUGACGUUAUGGUUCAUUUAGUCAUUCAUCUUCCAAGAGAGGCUAAGCUUGGUGGACCUGUACAAAAUAGGUGGAUGUAUCCUAUUGAGCGAUUUUUACGCAUAUUGAAAUGUUAUGUUCGUAAUAGAAAUCAUCCGGAAGGGUGUAUAGCAGAAGGGUAUAUUGUUGAAGAAUGUAUAAUACUUUGCUCAAGAUAUUUACAUGGAAGUGCAAAAUGGCAUAAUCGAAUGGACAAGAAUCAUGAAGUUGAUCAUGCAGAGAAAUAUAAUGGAUUAUCAGUAUUUGAACAAAAGGGUUCUCCUUUAUUAAGAGAUACAUCAAGAAAUCUUGAAGAAUCUGAGCUAAAACAAGCUCAUCUUUAUGUCUUGAGAAAUUGUGAAGAAGUUCAACCAUUUCUACGUGAAUAUGAGCAGAGCAAUAAGAGCAUGAACUUUGAUGAUUGGUUUUUCCAUCGAAUUGUCCAAAUGCGCAAAGAAGAAAAUUCACUUGCAAGCUGUGAAUUGUAUUCUUUAGCUAGAGGUCCUUUUGAUGGAGUUCAAAGAUUCAAGGGGUAUGAAAUAAAUGGUUUUAGAUUUCAUACUAAACUACUCGAGGAAAAGAGGAAGACGCAAAAUAGUGGUGUUUUAGUAAAAGGAGUGGUGAAUGGUCAAAAUACCAAUUACUAUGGCGUUCUAACUGAAAUAGUAGAACUUCAAUAUUUCGGAGGUAAGCACAUUGUUUUGUUUAAGUGUGAUUGGUGGGAUGUUGAUAAUAGUGGAAAUGGAGUGAAAAUAGAUAAACAUGAUUAUGAUAAUCUUCAUCCCAAUUGGUCAAUUGUUUUGAAUGGUCAUUCUAGUUACUUUACUGGAGGUGCUAUUGAUGAAGAGACCUUCCAACAAGAUGCUUGUAAUGAUUUCUCGCAUAGAUUUGAGGAUGAUGAAGACUUCAUAAAUUGGAAAAGAAAUGAUUUGGAUGUUAUUAGCACUGAUGUUACUGUAGCUGAUGAUAUCACUGAAGACAACGAAUCAAAAUCAGAACCUGAUGAUGAAGAUUUAUUAUUGUAA